AUGGAGAGGCGUUUACCAUACACCACAUACGUGCAGCAUAAGCCUGAAUAUGGGACUCAUUGUUUUAGUCUGAAAAUGACUCACUUGCUUCCUAUCAUCUUGCUUACUGAAUGCAAAUAUGUUCACAUAGUGUGGUUCCUUAUGCACCUGCACACAAGUAGCAUCAAGUCUGGGACAGCCCAAAAGUUUGCCGCCUGCCAGCGGCGACGCAGCCACCUUCGGCCUCCCGAGCCACAGGCUGGGCUUUCCAAACAGCGCGCGCGGGCAGCGGCGGGUGGGAGGGCUCCUUACCUGCCUGGCGCUACAGCUGGGCAAAGCCGGCCAACUGGGUCCUCCCACCGCCGCCGGCUUCGGCUGAGGCAGGGAAGGAACGGCGCAGGCGGGCAAACAAGCAAGCCGCGGCAGAGGAGGCGAAGCCAGCAAGGCUGCAGUUUGAUAUAUGCCUUCAUGGGAGCAUGGCUGGCUGGACUCAACAGAUCUUAUUUCCAAGCAGGAGCCAAUGAAGCAAGCUUAUACCUUAGCCAGAAACAUCCCAAGGAACGACGCCAAGUUUCCACAAACACCUGCAAAUGUUGUGGCAUGUUGUAUCAAGAGAGAGAAUUUUCAUCUUAAUCCUCCGGAUAACAAGACUGACAUCUGGAACACUCAGGCACACGCUCUUCCAAGAAAACGGUGUCAGCUACAUGCACAGUCUCUCUCUCGAGGCUCAUUUCGAGUUCCAAGAGGCAUUUUGGAAAACUUGUGCAAUUGUGAUACUAUCUACCUCUGAGAAAGGCAUCAGCAACGUUCAGGUCUAAGUUAAACUGGGCAGGAGGAACUUGUGGUCCUCCAGAGGUUGCCGGACUUAACUUCACAUCAGUUCCAACCAGCAUGGCUAAUUCUUAGCGAUGAGAGGAGUUUGAGUCCAACAACAUCUGGAGGGCCACAUGCUUCCCAGAGCCUCAUUCCCCAUCCUCUGUCAUAAGUGCCAUGGAUUAACUAACUGCAUUUUUGGAGCAUUUUUCUGAGUUUGUGGUUUUCCUACUAAUAUAAUAUAAUUCACUGUGUAUCAGACAGCAUAAGUAUUUCCAAAGGCUGGAUUGCCCAUUGGCUGCAAAUCAGUCCUUUAGUACUCGGAAAAGAUCACCCAUCUUCUUAUCUUCCAAAGUACCAAACUCCUACUAAGGUCAAUAGAAAUUAUGUGAAAAUGCUGACUGGAGGUUCUGACUCAGGGUGUAAAUUCUAAAUAUUAAUUACAGUACUUAAAAUGUCUGCAGAGCACACAGCCUGCAGAAGAUAAGAAAACAGUGUAUGUAACAACUCUGGAAAAUCAACAAGGCUUUACUAGCUGAGAAUCCUUGCUUCAGUUUGAACAUAAAACAAAUAAAUCUACUCUAACGA